AGCGGGCGGAGGGUCGGACGUCCUUCUGGAACAACUCUCCUUCACACUCGGGAGAGACAACACAGGAGCAAAUAAGUUAGCAAAGUUUGGCGCGGGGCACUCUGCUUAAUAGUUUGUUCCCCUCCAAACAAACGUUUCAAACCUGCGACAAGUGAACGAGAAAGAGAAACGACGCUGGUGGGCCACCUGAUCCAGGGAGAGGGAUUUAUUUUCCUUCCACAUUCCUUAUGGAGUCCUACAGAGUGACUGACAUUCCUAACAGUGGACCACAGCGGGGCUAUACUCAGCCAUCCCGCCCUUCCAGGCCCCAUAGUAAUGGAGCUGGUACAUAUGGUCUCAGCAUCAGAGUCCAGGGUAUAGAUGGACAUCCCUAUGUUGUUCUCAACAACCAGGACAGGGGUGCUCAGCCCUAUAUUGACCCUAACAUUAAUGGGUACAUCGACACAGAAAGCUCCUUUAUUGAGAACUACCAGGAGUAUGACUUUAGAGGAGGAAAAGACAGUGGCUCUAACAGUCCCUUCAUGGAGUACAGGACACAGAAGAUGAUGCAUUACACUGGUCCUCAGAAUGGUGUUACUGAAUCACAAGGAAAGAAACCCCCAACCCUUCUGAAUUAUCAGAAGCAUCCUGAGAUCCUACAGCCAUAUGAUCCAGAGACCAACUCCCUAAACCUUGAAGGUUUCCAUAGCCUCCCUUCAAGGCCUCUGCCUCAGGUUGAGAUAGAAAACCCAUAUCCAAGUGUCAAAACAGCUGCAAAUGUCCCCUCCCAUGGUAGGUCACUGAGCCUGGACAGGAACAAACAUCCUGUGCAACCAGAUAAAAGGCAGCCAUCCCCAAGCCUGAAGCCACCUGACCCUGAGACCCCUCUUCCUAAAGUGAAACCACAGUCUCAGUCUUCGCCUACAGCCCAGCUGGCUCAGCCUCAGACCAGGCCACAAUCUCAACUGGCUCAGCCACAGUCCAAACCUUUUCUUACCAACCUAAAUCCACCUCAGUCUAAGCCAGCUUCUAAAACUCAACCAAUGUCAGCAGCCCAGCCUCAGGCUUCUACUGUGUCAAGUCCCUCAAAUGAGCAGAGCAAGACAUGUAAAUCCCCCAGUUCUAUGAGCAGUGCCAACUCCAGCCUUGAGCGUACCCAUCGUGAGCCUGAUGUCCUUCCCCUGCGCAGGACUGACUCCAGUGGGCCAGUUCUAAAGUCCUCUUCUCUCUCCCGUCACUCUUCCUCAUCUUCCACAACUAAGACUCUGAUGGAUGAACAGAUGGAGGCUCUGUAUGCAGACACCAUAAACCGCCAUAAGAAUCGUCGGUACAUCCCCUUCCUCCCUGGUUCAGGCAGAGAUAUUGACACAGGCUCCAUUCCUGCUGUUGAUGAGCUCAUUGAGAAGUUUGAUGGGAAAGAUGGAAGUCAUCAGCGCAGGGGCAGGAUGGGUCGCAGAAACAGGAUCAAUCCAGAGGACAGGAAACGUUCGCGCAGUGUUGAUAGUGCCCUUGGUCUGAGGAAUGGCUCUAGCUACAUGGAUGAGUUUAGCCGUUAUCGAGGUACAUCAAUGGAGCAUGUCCUGCGGCCCUCACAGCUGCGGCUGCAGAAGACAGAAGGUGGUCAGGAGUCCUGGUUCAUGGGUGUAGAUGGAAAGGUUGACCCUGGGGCUUCAUCUUGUGUGAGCAGUGCUCCUGGUUCCCCACACAGCACCAUCUCUAAAGGUGCUGGCUCCAUACAGGGUUACAAAAAGGCACAGCCAACCUCCUCUUCACUACCUUUUCAAAAUAAAGAGGAUAAGGAAAGUGCCUCAUCAGCUGUAAAAGUUUCAACAACAUCGCUGUCAACAUCUCUGUCUAAGCCCUCUUCCACGUCAGACAAAAAACCAAGUACAGGAACGGAUGUUCAGGCGACACCUGAUCUCCUGAAAGGUCAGCAGGAGCUUUCACAACAAACACACGAAGAGACAGCAAAGCAAAUAUUGUUUAAUUACCUGAAAGAUGGAAGCAAUGAUAGUGAUGAAAUGACGAAGAAAAAGGUCAACCUUGUCUUUGAGAAGAUACAGACGUUGAAGUCUCGAGCCACAGCCAGUGCACAAGGCGACAACAAAACCUUGGACCUCGCUGCACAGACCAAAGCUCUGCAGGAGGAAAAUGCUGAACUGGAGAAAGAGAUAGUUGAACUAAAGAAACAGCUGGAGGAACAAUUGACGAAGAACCAGGCUGAUAAGAAGGAAUCAGCAAGUUUGAAGGAGCUGCAGCAGGAGCUACAGUGGAGCCUGGAGGAGUGCAAGCAUCUGAAGGAAAAACUAGCUAAAAUGGAGGCUGACCUGCAGACCACAGUGGAAGAACUUUUCCAGGUGAAGAUGGAAAGGGAGCAGCACCAGACAGAGAUCAGAGACCUGCAGGACCAGCUGUCCGAGAUGCAUGACGAACUUGACUCGGCCAAGAGGUUAGCUGGAGAUGGAGAGAAAGACAUCAUUAUGGCAGACAUGAUGCAACUGAAGGUGGAGAUGCAGGAAGUUCUCCUGGCUAAAGAGGAUCAGGAGGAUGUCCUAAGGAGGCGAGAAAGGGAGCUAACAGCUCUGAAAGGUGCCUUGAAGGAGGAAGUGGCUGCUCACGAUCAGGAGGUGGACAAGAUGAAGGAGCAGUACGAGAAAGAAUUAAGCAGAUUGCAGACAUUGUUAGAAGAGGCCAAGCAGAGCAGCACAGCAGUGGUCCGAGAGAAGGCCGAAGUGGAGGCAGCCAAGGGUGCAGCAGAGGGCCAAGCAGGAAGGCUGACCCAAGAAACUGAGCGACUGCGCAAGCAUGCACACGAGCUUGAAAAUGAGGUGGCCAAGCUCAACCGAAUUAUUGACGAAGCCAAGUUACAGGAGAGCAAGCUGGGAGACAAACUUGGCCGGCUACAGAGAGAGAAAAAGCAACUGGAAGAGUCUUUGGCUGAAAUUAAGGAGCAAGAAGAAGAGAUGUCACGUGCCAACAGGGUGCUGACUGUCCGGCUGGAAGAUGUACAGAGGAAUUUGGCAAAACUAAGCAGUGAACACAAAGAGCUGGAGGAGAGGUUACAAGAAGAGAGGACUCAGAAAGAGCAGUUUAAGAGCAUGAAGAACAACAUAGAGGAUGAGAGGAGGCUGCUGGACUGUACCGUAGAGAAACUCCAGAGAGAAAUGAGUGAUAUCGUGGAGGCGUCUCAGUCGUCCACUCGCGAGCUGCAGGAGCAGAUUGACAUUUACAAAGAGAAGAACCGACUGGAGCUGACCGAGCUGAAGAGGCUUCUAAAAGAGCGAGGGCAGGAGCUGGAGAAGUACCAGCUGGCCAUCAAAACCCUCCAAGAAGAGCUGUCACUGCGAGAGGAGGACCUGCGGCAGAGUGAGAGGGAACGGGACGAGGCUGUUGUCAGGGAGAAGAUGCUGGAGAAAAAGGUCCAUGAUCUGGAGGUGGAAGCUGAGACAAAUGCACAAGCUAAAGACGACAAAUCCAGACACAUCAAACUCAUGGAGGACAGGAUCGCUCAGCUGGAGCUGAACCUCAGUGAGGAGCAUCAAAGUGAGGUUCAGCUUAUGGACAGGAUAGAUAGAGGAAGAGAGCAGGUGGAGCAGAUGAGGAAUGAACUCCUGCAGGAGAGGGCUAGCAGACAGGACCUGGAGUGUGACAAGAUGGCUCUGGAGAGACAGAAUAAAGAUUUGAAGGCCAGAGUGACUCAUCUAGAGGGUUCCCACAAGUCCAACAAAGAGGGACUGGUGUCCCAGCUUGAGACUCGCAUACAGGAGCUGGAAGAGAGACUGGAGGGGGAGGAAAGGGAGCGAGCUAAUCUGCAGCUGGCAAACCGCAGACUAGAGAGAAAGGUAAAAGAGAUGAUGAUGCAAGUCGAAGAGGAACAUCAGACAAUGCAAGAUCAAAAAGACCAGUUGAAUUUACGUCUAAAAGCCCUGAAGAGGCAGAUGAAUGAGGCUGAAGAGGAGAUUGAUCAACUGGAGCACAGCAAGAAGAAGCUGCAGAGAGACCUGGAUGAGCAACAGGAGGCCAAUGAGCAGCUCCAGAGCCAGCUCAAAGCUCUGAGGAGUGAGAUCAGGCGUAAGAGCUCCUCUGCUCCACUACUCAACAAUCUGGACGAUGACGAUGAUGAUGACGUCAGCACUGAUGGGGAGACAUACUUCAGCUCGUCCUCGGGAUACAAGCGUUCCUCAAGUCAAGACAACCUCUUGUUGACGUUUCCUCGGUAAAAAUAUAUAUAAUAAAGCUUCUUUUAAUGUGCCAAUGUUGGACCAAAUGUGGGACAUUCAUAUCGUUCUUUUGUAGAUAUCAGUGCGUUUAUCUGGGUAAAUAUUGAGACUUUCCAGCUCAGUCAAUAUUAUUACUCCCCCCCCCAUCUUAAUCUUGUGUCAAGCCGUGCUCAUCACCUCCUGGAUUUUAAUUCUGCGUGUCGUCUUGAUUUGAAUUAAUUCACACAGUAUUAUUUGAGCAGCUUUUAUUAAUGGAUAAAAUCAAAACAAUUUUGGUGAAGCCUGCGCUCAAGAAAUUGUCUGUACUCUUUAAUUUGAUAACUCUUCAUUUGCUCAUUCAUUUCUACUCUCCAGCAUUACAAUUUCUGUUCUAAGUGGAUUUUGCUUGUGAAUAAAUAUUCUAGCUGUAGUGAACUUCAAUACAGAUUCUUGAUUGCCCAGUAAAGCCGUACAACCAGUACUUCCCAUAUCAGUAAUAUGAAGUAACUUACUCUGCCUAUCAUAUUUUAAUCACACAAAUGAUUCUUGAAUAUACCUUUUGUAUUGUCCAGUUAUAUGAAUAAAUAUAUACUUUUUUUUAAAAUCACUAAAUGAACAAUGAAUCCGAAUAUAUGAAGUGAAUUUUUCCAGGAAGCUUCUUUAAUUUAUUCAUAGCUGAAUUUGCAAAGUCUUUGCUUAAUGAGAUUUUUUUUAUUUUAGGGAGCAGUAAAUGAGGGACUUUGUAUACAUAUGUUUUUAUACAGUUUUAUAUCUUUGAUGAACAGUUUUAGCUUAUCAAUUUGUUUGUAAUCACCUCAAGACUUUUGUUAUUGACUUAUCCAAGAUGUCUUUUAAUACAAGAGGCUUCACAGAAUUCCUUGUAUGUUUUCUGGAGUCCUUUUUCUGUUGAAUUGAGACUGAUGCUGAAUGAGCUGUGUAUCGCUUAAAUAAUCGAACAAAGCUGUAAAUAUUAAGACAAUUUUGUCUUCACAGACGUUUUUAUACUGGAAAUUUUUGAUUUAACUUUUGUCUCUGAUUAUUUCUCUGUCAGCUAAGGAAAGCCUUAAUACUGAACAUGGUUUAAGUCGUACAGUUUAACCUUAAACGUGUUUUUAAAUUGUGCGCAGUUCACAUUAAAGCCCACUGCAUCCUUUUCUUUAACCGAAUGAAGUAAAUGAAUGAGAUAAACUGACAAUCGAUAAUUUGCACUCUUUGUUGGCUCUGCGCUGAAAUCUGAUGCCUGGUGAAGGACACUGUUUCCUGCCACUGCCUCUCUGUACUCAACUGUAUUCUCAUAAAUCCUGCUGAGAUGAAAAUAAAGUUCAUUUUAGUUACUCUAA